AUGUCUCACAUGUUGGCGAAGGACUACUGUGAUGAAGUCAGAAAGAAACAGCAAGUGAUUAAUGGAGUUGUGGAUGUAGUUAAACUCAUAGGUAAGAGAGGACUAAGCUACAGAGGAAGUACGGAAGAGGCAGUCUACACUUUGGACAAUGAGGAAAUUGACCAUGGUACUUUCCUGGAAAUUGUUACGUUGCUACGCAAAUACGAUUCAUUCACAGCUGAUCACCUCUCUUGGUUAGUCCAUAACAGCAAGACAAAAAAUGAGAAGGCAAACAGUUCGAAAGGCAAAGGCUCAUUUGUUACUUUUUUGUCCAGAACUACUGUGGAUUCUAUCAUCACGGUUAUACGGGAUAUGAUCCGUUACUUCAUUUCGGAAGACAUAACAGACAUGUUUGCUGCGGAAAUUGACACAACGCAGGACCAAUGCUUCAGUGUCAUUCGAUAUGUGGAUAAAACUGGCAACAUUCAAGAAAGACUGGUGAGCAUUGUGAAGUGCGAAGAAACUACUGGCGAAGCUUUUGUGCAUAUUGUUUCGGAAGUUAUGCAAGGGUUGAAUCUUGACCUCAAACAAUGCGUUGGGAAUGCAACUGACGGUGCAGCAAACAUGCAUAGAGGUUUCAGUACUCUGCUUUCAAACAAAGCUACAAUGCAGAUCCAUGUUUGGUUCCACGGUCAUGAAUUGAAUCUUGUUGUUUCGGAGGCCACAAGUGCUGAAGCGAACAGUGCAUUGAUACAUUGA